AUGAACCGCGCGCUUCGCUGCUGCGUCGCCGUCGCGUGCGCCGCCGCGGCGGCGGAGCGCGGCGGCUGCCGGCGCAAGCCCAUGCUCUGGCUGCACGUGCACAACGCCGGCGGCACGUCCCUGCGGCUCCACGCCGAGGCGAACGGCGAGAAGCCGCUGGAGCCGGCGACGCACAACUGGAACCUCGCCUUCGACAAGGACCGGACCUGCCGCGAGAAGGCCGAGCUCCUGGCGGAGCAGCCCGAGGCGUCGUUCACGUUCGUCGAGCGGCCGCUCGAGCGGAGCGACGUCGGCUGCGCCGAGUUCGCGUACGGGCUGACGCUGCGGCGGCCGCUGGACACGGCGCGGUCCACGCUCCGGAACAACGACGUCGACGCCGCGGAGGUCGGCGCGCUCCUCGAGAAGGCGGCGGCGCGGGGCCUCGCGCCGCGCGACGCGGCGCUCGGCUUCGUCGGCGAGCGCUACGCGGCCCACGCGCUGGGCUACUUCGACAACUUCCUCGUGCGCACGCUCAACGGCGGCAAGGUCUUCCGGGAGGUGGCCGUCGGCGCGCUCAACGCCUCGCACGUCGACGUCGCGGCGCGCGUGCUCGAGGACCGCUUCGACGUCGUCCUGAAGCUCGAGGACUCGCUCGACGCCUUCGCGCGCUUCCCCCGGACCCUGCCGGCGAACUCGUCCUGCGCGCGCCGCGGCGCCGCGGCGCGCGCGCCGGAGCCGUGCGGCGCCGCGGCGAAAGCGCCGCGGCCGCGGCCGCCGGGCGCGGCGCUGCGCGCGCUGGGGCUGGGCUUCGACGACGCCAGCGAAAAGUCCCUCUACGACGCGGCCUGCGCCCGGGGCUUCGUGGCCCUCUUCGGCCACGAGCGGUGCAACGUCGAGGCGCUGCUCCCCGCGCGCGCGGAGCUCCUCGCGGCCGCACACGACGCGGUCCGGGGCCUCGUCGCGGAGGCGUCCUGGGCGGCCGACGUGCCCGGGCGGCCCUUCCAAAUGCGGGGCCUCUGCCUCGCCGGCCCCCGCCGCGGCCGCGCGGCCCACUGCGCCGCGGACGCCUGGGUCGGGGACCUGCGGCGCGCCGUCGACGCCUGCCUCGACGCGGGCGCGGAGGCGCUCUUCGGCCCGCCCUUCGGCGCGGCCGCGGCGCAGAUCCUCGACCGGGCGCCGGACGCCGUCGCGCUCCACGGCCUCGUGGCGCCGGAGGCCUGGGCGGCCGCGAAGGGCGACGCGGCCGCGUGCGCGUUCGGCGGCGGCGACGCGCCCGUCGACGACGCGGCCGCGUGCCUCGCGGCCGCGGCGUCGAGCGGCGCCAACGCGUCGGCCCUGCGCCUGCGCGACCUCCUCGUGAAACGGCCCCGGACGGCGGCGGCCUACGCGGCGACGGCGGCCCACGCGCGCCGCGCGGCGCUCGCCGCGACGGACGGCGCCGCGCGCUACGUGCCGGUCUGCGCGGGCGAGCGGGGCGCCUGCGGCGUCGCGGUCGGCGACGCGUUGCCCGCGGCGAAGCUCGUGCGGCCCGGCUUCCUCGCGGACUUCGCGCCGCGCGCGGUCCCGGGCGCGCGCGGCGCGAAGUGGCGCCGCGUCGACGGCGCCGCGACGCUCGCCGCCCCCCCCGCGCGCGCGGUCCACGUGCUGAGCACGCGCUUCCAGCUCGGCCAGGAGCACCUGACGGCCCUCCUCGCGGCGCGCGUCGCCCUCUUCCUCGGCGUGUGCCUGCCGUCGAUCGCGGCGCAGACGACGACCCGCUUCGUCUGGGCGCGGACGGAGUUGUGGCCCGCGAAGGAGCGCGAGGCCCUCCUCGGCGCCGUCGCGCCCUACCCCCACGUCGUCGUCCUCGACUCGCUGCCGCCGGGGUCCAACUCGACGCAGCCCCGCGACUUCGCCACCGCGGACCUGCUCCGAAUCGCGGGCGUCGACCCGGGCGAACCGGACCUCGCGGUGCACACGAUGGUCGACGCGGACGACGCGCUCCACCCGGACGCGAUGCUGCACCUCCGCGCCGCCGCCGCGGGGGCCACGUCCCCGGCGUCGCCGGCGGCCGUGAUCUGCAGCGCCGCGGCCCACGAGUGGCGGCCCGAGCGCGACCGCGCGUGCCGGUCCGGCGCCGUGACGUUCCACGUGCAGUCGGAGCUCUGCGUGACGCCGGGCUUCACCAUGGCGACGCGGUUGGACCACGCGAACGAGACGUUGGGCGUGCGCCACGUCGAGACGCGCCGGGGCGGCGACUGGCACAACCGCACGGUCCACGUCAAGAACGCGACGCCGCUCCGCGCGAGGACCGUGACGUCGCACGGCGCCAAGCACCUCGCGGACGCCGGGGUCCCGGCCGGCGCCGCCUGCGCCGCGGCGCUGUCCAAGGCGCGGGCGCUGGGCUUCUUCGGCGCCUGGCACGCGCGGCAGAAGCUCUCCGAGGCCGCGGACGUCGUGCUCAAGUCGGAGAAGGCCGUCGUCGCGGACCAGCUCCACGCGCGCUGCCAGGACGGCUUCUCCUGCAAGCACACGAAGCAGGCGGACCUCGCGUCCUACCUCAAGUCCGGCGACGCGGCCCCGAAGGCGCCGCACCACACCAUGGGCCGGCGGCGCCGGCGGAAGCGCGACGAGAAGCGCGAGCGGAGCGAGGAGCAGCGGGCCGCGGCCGCGGCGACGCUCGGCGAGGCGGGCGCCACCGUCGCGGACCGCGUCGCGGCGCUCGCGGCGGCGACGCAGUGCGCGGCGGCGGCGGACGUGCCCAUGCCCUGCCCGGACCCGAAGGCGACGCCGCUCUUCGCGGUCCACGUGCCCAAGACGGGCGGCCGCGCGCUCUGGACCGCCGUCGAACGCGCGUCGGGCCAGCACCUCUGCGACUGGGCGCCCAUGCGCUUCGGCCACUACCGGUCGUCCCUGGGCUUCGACGCCAAGACCUCGACGCGGUCGCCGAAGGGGCCGCCGGACUUUGGCGACGCGGCGCGCUUCGAGGCCGCGGUCGCGGGGCGGGCGCGGGACCUGCGGAAGAAGCCCUGCCUGACGACCUACGAGACGUCCUUCCGGAGCGUCCGCGCCUUCGGCGACGCGACGCCCGCCGUCGUGACCAUGGUCCGCGAGCCGACGGCCUGGCGCCGCAGCGUCGUCGCGCACGGCGCGGAGCGCGGCCGCCACGGCGACCUCGACGCGCUCUUCGCCGCGGGCUGCCUCGGCGCGGACUCCUGCGACCUCUACGCCGACGCCCACUACCUCCUCUACGGCAUCCGGCGGCCGACGCAGGCGCUCCUGCUCUCCGCGGAGGGCGACUACCCCGCCGUCGGCGCGCCGGAGCCCGCGGGCUCGCUCGCGGAGGCGCGCGCGCACCUCGACGGCGCGGUCUUCGGCCUCACGGACCACUUCGCGCUCUCCGAGUGCCUCUUCCAGUUCCAGUUCCGGGGCAAGCUCGCGAAGAAGGACUGCGACUGCGGGACGGGCCGCGUCUUCGGAAGCGACGCGCGGACCUACGCGUCCGCGCCGGACGCGAAGAACGCGUCCGACGCCGCGCUCGCCGCGCUCGACGCGCUCAAGGCCGGCGACGACGCCGACUACUACGCCUACGCCGAGGCGCUCUUCUUCUCGCGCGUCCGCGUCGCCGAGAACGCGACGGGCGUCCGCCUCGUCUGCGACUAA